AUGAGACAAAGGAUGCUAGACAGGUACAAGACAAAUCUUGCAUACAGGACUAUGCAUAAAAUGAGGUGUGCAUUGAAAAUAUCAAAGAAAUACAAACGGAUAAGUAAACAAACAUGUGAGACUGACAGAGAGAGUGAAAACCCACUUAUUGAAAGUGCCAUAAAUGAUUUCAGAUCACACAUUAAAGCUGGUCCCACCCAUGUUUGCACAGUUUGUCACAAAGCCUCAUUUCCAAACCAGGUGCAAAAGUGCAAGAGGUCCAACUAUGUGAAAAAUCCAAUAAUGGUUUCAGCUUGUCUCAAAGGUCAGUACGUCCAUGAUUGUAACGAUGACUACAGAAAUCAGUGCACUGUCCCUGAUGAGAGAAAGACUGAGUGGAUUUGUCACACCUGCCAUGACCAUCUGAAAAAUGGAUCCAUGCCCAAACUUGCCAUAGCAAACAACUUGGAGCUUGCUGACAUACCACCUGAGCUGUGUGACCUCAACAUACUGGAGAGACAUCUAAUAGCAAAGUGCAUAACAUUUGCCAAAAUCAUUCCUCUUCCCAAAGGCAGACAGAGAGCUAUACAUGGUAAUGUUGUAUGUGUUCCCUCUGAAGUCCAGGAGACAAUUCAGGCUCUACCCAGAUUGAGAAAUGAGUCUCAGGUGAUGAGAGUAAAACUGAAGAGACGUUUGAGUUACAGAGGUCACCAUCUGUUUCAGACUGUUACCUGGUCCAAGCUAGUGCAGGCCCUGCAUAAGCUGAAAGAGAUACACCCCCAGUAUGAAGACAUCACUAUUAGAGAUGAGGAGGAGUUAUGUGACCCCACACUUCCUGAUGAUGGUGAUGAGGAUGAUGAUGAUGAUGAUGAUGGUAAUGAUAUUACAAUGAAUGAUGACGAUUAUGAUGAUGAGGAUUUGAUGGAGAUUGAUAGAAUUGAGGCUGCUGCCAUGUAUGAGGCUGAAACUAAUGUUGAAACUGAGGAUGAGAACACAGAGCUGUGUGAUAAAAGUCAGACCCAGGACAAUGAUGAUCAGACACAACAACAGGAUGCAGACAUAUCUAAUGGUGGUGUUGUUUUGGAGUCGUGCCUUCAGCCACGGGAUGUUUCUGAGGAGAUAUUGUGUUUCAGUGACUCGACAUACUCAGUAGCUCCAGCAGAGAGAAACAGUCCAGUCAGUUUUUUCAAAACUCCCAAACUAGAGGCCAUGGCGUUUCCUGUUCAGUUUCCCACUGGUGAGAAUACACUGGAUGAAAACAGACCCAUGAAACUAUCACCCAGUAGUUAUUUUAAAGCAAGGCUCUUUGGUGUUGAUGAUCGCUUUGCCAGAGAUACCAACUACCUGUUCUUUGCACAGUUUGUGACUGAAAUACACUUGGCUACCUCCAGCAUGUCCAUACAGCUACGCAAAGGCAAACCUUUCACCAGAGACGGACGUAAAAUAACAUCCAGAAUGUUGAGAGACAAAUAUGAAGUGGAGAGACUGGUGAGAAACAGAGAUGCUAUCAGAUUUAUGCAGCCGCUCAGAGGAACACCAGCCUACUGGGACAAAACUACAAAAGAUCUGUUUGCUAUGAUCAGACAGUUGGGCAGUCCUACGUUCUUUGUCACAUUUUCUGCAGCAGAAAUGCGUUGGCCUGAGGUGAUUAUUGCCAUAAAAUCACAACAAGGUGAGGAAGUGAAUUUUGAGGAGCUCGACUGGUCCACAAAGUGUGACACUCUGAGAAGCAAUCCUGUGACAACGAUGCGCAUGUUUGAUAAGCGUGUUGAAGCACUGUACAGAGAUCUGAUCAUGUCUCCUGCACAACCCCUGGGCAAAGUUUUUGACUUCUUUUGGCGCCUCGAGUUUCAACACAGAGGAAGUCCUCACAUUCAUGGUCUUUUGUGGGUAGAAGGUGCACCUGUGUUUGAGAGAGACUCUGACAAAAUUGUGUGUGACUUUGUGUCCAAACACAUCUCUGCUCAGCUCCCUGACCCAAAUAAACAGCCUGAACUGUACAAAAAGGUCAAAGAAGUGCAAAUACACAGUAAGAACCACUCAAAGACAUGUUUCAAAAGUGCAAGUUCAGGAUGCCGUUUUGGAUUCCCAAAACCACCCUCCAGACAGACAAUGAUAGCAAGACCUUUGGAUGAUGAUGAGGAGUCAGAGAGACUUAAGAGAGCCAAAGAGAAACUUGCACCGCUGAAUCAGCUGCUGAACGAGACACAAACUGAAUCCAUGAGUUUUCAACAGCUCCUGUCUGUCUGUGACUUAACCGCUGAUGAGUAUGAGAAACACAUGAAUGUGAUGAGUCGGUCCAGCAACAUCAUUCUGAAGCGUGAGCCAAAAGACUGCUGGGUAAACACAUACAACCCUCACCUGCUCAAAGCUUGGGAUGCAAACAUUGAUGUGCAGUUUAUUCUCAGUUACUACAGUCUGAUCCAUUACAUAUGUACGUACAUGUGUAAAAGUGAGAACUCUGUGAGCCAGUACCUGCAAACACUCAUUCAGAACUCCGACAGAGAAUAUGUCAAUGAAUGUGAUGAAAUGAAAGCGGUCAUGCAGGCGUAUUCCAAAAAGCGAGAAGUAUCAGCACAAGAAGCUGUUGCCCGAGUGACUUCACUGAACAUGAAAAAGAGUUCACGCAGUGUGGUUUUUGUCCCAACUGAUGACAACCCAGUGAAAAUGAGUCUGCCUGUGUCAAGCCUUGAGAACACAACACCAGACAGCUUGAAUGUGUGGAUGACAUCCUUAACAGACAAGUACAAAUCCAGACCUGAAUCACCAGAGUUUGAAGAGAUGUGCAUGGCUGAUUUUGCUUCUACCUGCAGACUGGUGUAUGGUAAACAGACCAAGGGCAAGAAAGUGGUACCUUUGCUGAAUGAACUGGGCUUUAUACAGAGACGAGAAAAUGACAACGCUGCUGUCAUCAGGUAUCGCCGUAUAUCGAAAGAGAAAUACCCUGAGCAGUUUUACGGCACAUUGCUUAGACUGUAUCUUCCAUACAGAUCAGACGAUGAGCUAAAAAGACCAUAUUUUCCCACAUACGAGUCAUUCUAUGAGAGAGGUGUGGUUCAGCUGCCGUAUUCUGACCGACCCCUGAGUGUGAAACUCAUCGUGAAAAGAAACAGAGAGAGAUAUGAAAAAAACAGUGAGGAAAUUGACUCUGCUCUCGAGGACUUUGAACAGAACAGAGGUGUGGUCGAUGAAUGGUGUAAUUUGGCACCUGAAUCUGAACUGGUGAGGUUGGAGUGUAUCGAUGAACUGGAUGCCAGGCAGUGUGAAAAUGUCCAAGAGGAUGUACCGGAUUACAGUAGACAAGCAAAUGCUGCUACAGAGGCCAGAGUCAUGAGAGAGCCCCCUACAAUCGAUCCCACACUGUUACGACAAAUGUAUCAGAGUCUGAACCAGAAACAGGCGUGUGUGUUCUAUGCAGUGAGAGACUGGUGCAUAAAACGAGUCUGUGGACCACAACCAGAGCAGUUUUUCUACUACAUCAAUGGUGGUGCUGGCACUGGAAAGUCACAUCUCAUUAAAUGCAUUCAUUCAGAAGCAUCAAAGAUUCUGAGAACACUACCUAGACGUGCUGAGGAAGCUGACAUCUCAAACCCAACUGUGCUGUUGACUGCUUUCACUGGAACUGCAGCCUUUAACAUCUCUGGAACAACACUGCACUCUCUUCUCAAGCUGCCCAGAAGUCUGAAACCUCCUUUUCAAGGUCUUGGGAACCAACUUGAUGAAAUCAGGUGUGAGCUUUUAAAUGCUGAAAUCAUCAUCAUUGAUGAAAUCUCCAUGGUGUCGAAGCCUCUGUUUGCCUAUGUGGACAUGAGACUGAAACAGAUUAAAGGCAGCCACAGACCCUUUGGAGGAAUGUCAGUCAUUGCUGUGGGAGACUUUUACCAGCUACCGCCUGUGCGACAGUCCAAACCACUCUGUGUCUAUGAUCCAAGUGAACUUGACCUCUGGAGAGACAACUUCCAGGUGAUCACUUUAGAUGAGAUCAUGCGACAGAAGGAUGACAAAACUUUUGCAGAGAUGCUGAACAGACUCCGUGUGAAAACAAGGUCAGAUGAGCUUUCUGAAGCUGACAGAGCUCUGCUGUCACAGCGUGUCACUGAACCACAACUGUGUCCCUCUGAUGUGCUGCACAUUUUUGCUACAAACAAACAAGUCGCAGAACACAACUCUGCUACACUAUCUCUGCUCCAUUCUGAUAUCACCACCAUUGAUGCAGAUGACUUUAAAAAGGACCCACACACUGGACACAUGAAAAGACAAGGUGCACCAUGUCAUGGAAGCAGAAAUGAUCUACCUGACACACUAGAUGUUGCAGUAGGUGCUAGAGUCAUGCUUACCAGAAACAUUGAUGUGUCUCAAGGAUUGGUGAACGGAUCAUUUGCUACAGUAGGCCGUCUCAUAAGCUCUGAAAACAACGGUUCUGCUUUUGUCACGAUGCUUGGUCUCAGGAUGGAUGAUGAAACAGCUGGCAGGAGCUAUCGUACUAGAGGAGACAAUCUUGUGUACAUCGAGAGAUCUGAGGAGGCUCUGCAACAGAAAGGAGUGGUACGCAGACAGUUUCCUGUGAAACUUGCCUUUGCAUGCACGAUACACAAGGUUCAAGGUAUGACCAGAAAAUCAACUGUUGUCUCUCUGAAGCACAUUUUUGAGCCCGGCAUGGCCUACGUAGCUAUCAGUCGAGUGACCUCUCUCAGCGGACUGUACAUGCUUGAUUUGGAUGAGAGUAAAAUCCAUGCUAACCCUGCAGUCACUGUAUCUUUGGAGACCAUGACGCAAGCUAACUUUGAUCACCUCAUGCCUUUUCUCCAGAUCCAGCAUUCUCUCAGCAGACAGGACACUGUGAGCAUCAUUCAUCACAACACCGAAGGAUUACCUGCUCAUGUGAAUGACAUCAAAAGCCAUCAUGAACUGUGUCUUGCAGAUGUUUUGUGUCUGACAGAAACUCACCUACAGGGCUCCUUUGUGGCGGACAGUCUCCAGUUUGAGGGCUACACCAUGUUCAAACGCAACAGACAUUUGUCCUACACUAACUUUCCACAGAUGGCCAGUAAAGGAGGUGGUGGAGUCGCUGUUUAUGUGAAAAACCAUUUGCAGGUUGUGGAGAAACAAUACCUGAAUAAUGUGACUGACCUUGAGUUUGUGGCUUUGAAGGUUGAAUCUCCUGUAAGUGCUCUGAUUGCAGCUGUGUACAGACCUCCAGACUACAGUGUGCCAUCAUUCCUGUCCAAUCUGGGAAGCCUUCUGGACUCACUUGAGAUCAUGGACUGUCAUCCCAUCAUCGUCUGUGGCGACUUCAAUGAGAAUCUCUUUUCUAAUGCAAGUAAGCCAAUUUUGGAUUUCUUUCAGUCCAAGGGAUAUGGUCAACUGAUCACUACUGCUGCUACAACGGACAAGAACACACUGCUGGACCUGAUCUUCAUCUCACGACCUCAGCUAUGUCUCUCUUCAGGUAUCGUGCAGACCUACUACAGUUACCACAACGCCACUUACUGUGUCAUUUCGUCCAACAGGUCAUAG